AUGCAAGUUCAAAUGACAUAUUGGCCAAUUACCUUAAGAAAAGACUUAACAUUUGGGAUACUGGUAAGGUCUUCUCCUGCUAGGCUUAAAAAGUUUAAAGAAUGCAUAAAAGAGGAGAAAGAGGAGAGCAAAAGCCUUGUUGUUUUGGAUAUUGAAACUAGAUGGAAUUCAACUUAUCUAAUACUUGAAUCUGCUAUCAAAUUUAAGAAUUCAUUUGCUUCUUUAUGCAUGAAAGAUUCUGCUUUAGUUAAGUUACUUAGGAAGUUUGGUGGUGCUCCUAUUGAAGAGGAUUGGAAGAAAGUGUCUACUUAUGUAACUUGCAACUAUACACAUGAGAUUUUUGAGACUAGAUUAUUGCUUGCCAAUAACAUGAGUGUCGAUAAUGAGGCUGUUCUCCUUGACCCUAGGCAUAAGUGGAAUUAUGUUGAUUGGAUCGUGGGUGCUUCAUAUGAUGCCACAAAAGGUACUCUCUUGUCACUAAAGAUUAAAAUGGUUUUUCAAAAUUUGUUUGAUUCUUAUACUUGCUCUAUGCCUCCACCAAAGACAAGUAGAGCUACUUCCUCCACUUCCACCUCUUCAACCUCUUCCAUUUUUACUCAAAGUGAGACUCAAGGAAUAGGGAAGGUGGACCUUAUUGAACUAAUGAAUUCAAGAUAUCAAAUGGAGAUAGGUUGUUCAUUAACCAAUGUAAACAAAAGUGAGUUGGAUAGGUAUUUAGAAGAUGCAUGUGAACCUCGUGAUUCUAACUUUGAUAUUUUACUAUGGUUGAAAGAUCAAACAAAAAGGUAUCCCAUUCUUAAAAAGAUGUCUAAAGAUGUGCUUGCUAUACCUAUUUCUACCGUUGCUUCUGAAUAUGCUUUUAGUACUGGUGGUCGUAUUCUUGAUGAUUUUCGAACAUCAUUGACUCCAAAGAUGGCCGAAGCCCUUAUUUGCGCACAAGAUUGGCUUCGUAUUUCUAGAACUUCUUUAGCAAUAGAGGAGAGUUUGCUUGCACUUGAAGAAAUGGAGGAAGGUAAUGCAUUAACUUUGGAGCAUCCGGAGGUCAUAAUCGAUGAAACUAUUAACGUCGUUGAAGAUGAUUAA